UUGUGAGAUGGCAGCACCAGAGGCCUGGCAGCUGAGUGAAGGAUCUUCAUCGGCGCUAAACCUCUCUGCUUGGCCCGCUGUCUGCUCCAGGUGGCUAUCGGAUGACCUCCAAGUCACUUGCACGCCCGAGGGAGGUGGUUGGGAGAGGCCAGUUCGCAGGUGUUUCCUAAGUCCCCAUUGGUUUGUACUCCACCGACCCACUCUGCUGUGAGGUUGAGUGGGAGAGUAGCCCAGGUCUCCCCACCUGACGCAGCCGAACUGAAGAGGGACCUAGCAAUUCAUCUGGGCAGAACUAAGGGCUUUGUUAAACCCAGAAUGUACAGAAUUCAGUAAGGGGGUAAAGUGCUAGGAGGACUCCCCUUUCUUCCUCUAGUUGGUACCCUUGCCCCCCACCCCCACCUCGGUCCGUGCAAUGCCAGCUGCCACCUGCUGGGACUAUCUCCAGUUACAGUCUGAAGGCUGGAAAGAGGUCUGGGACCUGUCACUAUGGGGGACAUGAAAACCCCUGAUUUUGAUGACCUCCUUGCUGCUUUUGACAUCCCUGACAUUGAUGCAAAUGAAGCCAUUCACUCUGGGCCAGAAGAAAAUGAGGGACCAGGAGGCCAAGGGAAGCCAGAACCCAGUGAAGGAGGUGAUUCUGGAGACAGAGCAGCAACAGCAACUACUGAAGAUGACCCCGAGAGUCCAGCCGAGGCCUCUGAACAUGGCCUGUUACAGCCACCAGAUACUUCCACAGUCAGUGUCAUUGUCAAGAACACAGUUUGUCCAGAGCAGUCUGAGACCCUGACUGAAAAUUCAGGAGAAGAAGAGACCAAGGCUGGGGGUGUAACUAAGGGAGGGCCUGUGGGAUCUUGUCUGAUGCAAAAUGGAUUUGGAGGUCCUGAGCCACCUCUCUCAGAAACCCCACAUUCUCCAGCUCCUGCCAAUGGGGAUGCCUGGAAAGAAAAAGCUAUGGAAGGCAAAACACCCUUGGACCUCUUUGCUCAUUUUGGGUCUGAACCAGGUGACCACCCAGAUCCCUUACCUCCUGAACCUUCCCCAUCUCAGGAUGGGGACAUGAUCCCACCUCCUUUCUCCACUCCUUUUGAGCUGGCCCCAGAAAAUGGCUCAACCCUGCUGCCUCCUGGUUCUCUUCUGCCAGAAGGAGCCUUGAAACAGGAAAACUGCAGCCCCCCCCAUUCCCAGGGUCUAACUCAGAGAAGCUCAGGUUCCAGCCCCGAGGCGGCAGGCAUUCCUGCCAGUGCCUCACCUCCCCAGGUGGCUGGGAUGUCCUUCAAGCAGUCUCCAGGGCACCAGAGCCCUCCUGCUUCCCCUGAGAAGGCAUCCAGCUGUAAACCUCUGAAGGAAGAAGAUGAGGGAACAGUGGACAAGUCUCCUCCAAGAAGUCCCCAGAGCCCUUCUAGUGGAGCUGAGGCUGCAGACGAGGACAGCAAUGAUUCCCCUACCUCCUCCAGCUCUGCUAGACCCCUCAAGGUGCGGAUCAAGACUAUUAAAACAUCCUGUGGGAAUAUCACAAGAACUGUAACCAGGGUUCCCUCAGAACCUGAUCCCCCUGCCCCUUUGCCUGAAGGAGCUUUCCUGGCUGAGGCUAGCUUCCUGAAACUGUCUCCUGUAACUCCAACCCCUGAGGGUCCAAAGGUGGUGAGUGUCCAACUGGGUGAUGGUACAAGGCUGAAAGGUACAGUGUUACCUGUGGCUACCAUCCAGAAUGCUAGCACUGCCAUGCUAAUGGCAGCUAGUGUUGCCCGAAAAGCUGUGGUUCUACCAGGGGGGAAUGUCACCAGCCCUAAGACUAUGACUAAGAGUGUGUUAGGUCUGGUACCACAAACUCUGCCCAAGGCUGAGGUGCGGACAACGUUAGGUCUUGGAGGACAGAAGGUAAAUGGUGCCUCAGUGGUGAUGGUACAGCCUUCUAAGUCUGCUACUGGGCCAGGCACAGCAGGUGGAUCAGUGAUCUCUCGGACGCAGUCCAGCCUGGUAGAGGCCUUCAACAAGAUUCUCAACAGCAAGAAUCUGCUGCCUGCUUAUAGACCAAACCUGAGUCCACCAGCUGAGGCUGGGCUGGCCCUGCCUCCAACAGGCUACCGCUGCCUUGAGUGUGGGGAUGCGUUUUCACUGGAGAAAAGCCUGGCACGGCACUAUGAUCGCAGAAGCAUGCGUAUAGAGGUCACCUGUAACCACUGUGCCCGUCGCCUGGUCUUCUUCAACAAGUGUAGCCUACUCCUGCAUGCCCGUGAGCACAAGGACAAGGGUCUUGUCAUGCAGUGCUCACAUUUGGUCAUGAGGCCUGUAGCCCUUGACCAGAUGGUGGGGCAGCCAGACAUCACACCCCUGCUGCCUGUGGCUGUCCCACCUGUUCCUGGACCUCUGGCCUUGCCUGUUUUGGGCAAGGGGGAGGGGGCUGUCACCUCCUCUACCAUUACUACAGUUGCCACUGAAGCCCCUGUGCUACCACUCCCAACAGAACCACCUGCUCUCCCUACUGCCUCUGUUUACACGUGCUUUCGCUGUCUGGAGUGUAAGGAGCAAUGCCGGGACAAGGCUGGCAUGGCAGCCCACUUCCAACAGCUGGGCCCUCCUGCGCUUGGGUCUACCAGCAAUAUGUGCCCAUCCUGCCCCAUGAUGCUCCCCAAUCGUUGCAGCUUCAGUGCCCACCAGCGCACACAUAAGAACCGACCCCCACAUGUCUGUCCUGAGUGUGGGGGCAACUUUCUACAAGCCAAUUUUCAGACCCAUCUUCGAGAGGCCUGUCUGCAUUUCUCUCGCCGUGUAGGAUACAGGUGCCCCAGCUGUGCAGUGGUAUUUGGGGGUAUAAACUCCAUCAAGUCCCACAUACAGGCGUCACACUGCGAAGUUUUCCACAAGUGCCCCAUCUGCCCCAUGGCCUUCAAGUCUGCACCCAGCGCCCAUGCCCAUCUCUACUCCCAGCAUCCCAGCUUCCUCACCCAGCAAGCCAAGCUGAUCUAUAAGUGUGCCAUGUGUGACACAGUUUUCACUCACAAACCGCUCCUUUCUUCACACUUCGACCAGCACUUGUUGCCCCAGCGUGUCAGCGUCUUUAAGUGUCCAUCUUGUCCUCUGCUUUUUGCCCAAAAAAGGACCAUGCUGGAACAUCUCAAGAGCACUCAUCAGUCCGGACGCUUGGGGGAGGAGGCAGUUGGGAAAGGGGCUGGAGGUGCCCUUCUGACCCCCAAGACUGAGCCUGAGGAGCUGGCUGUGUCUCGGGCAGAGGCAGCCCCUGCUACUGAGGAAUCUUCCUCAUCCUCCGAAGAGGAGCUGCCCAGCUCCCCUGAGCCUCCCCGCCCAACCAAACGACCCCGACGGGACCUGGGAAGCAAAGGCAUCAAAGGUGGGGGUGGGGGGCCUGGGGGCUGGACCUGUGGCCUUUGUCAUUCCUGGUUUCCUGAGCGCGAUGAUUAUGUGGCUCACAUGAAGAAAGAACAUGGCAAGUCAGUGAAAAAGUUCCCCUGUCGCCUGUGUGAGCGUUCCUUCUGCUCUGCCCCCAGCCUGAGACGCCAUGUGAGGGUCAACCAUGAGGGAAUCAAGAGAGUUUACCCAUGCAGGUAUUGCACAGAGGGAAAGCGCACCUUCAGUAGUCGUCUGAUCCUGGAGAAGCAUGUCCAAGUCCGGCAUGGCUUGCCCCUUGGGACCCAGUCCCCUUCUGGCAGAGGAGGCACUCUGGUGCGAGGCUCUGGUGGCAGAGCCCAGGGGCCAGGACGGAAACGCCGCCAGUCUUCUGACUCAUGCAGUGAGGAGCCUGACAGCACAACACCACCAGCCAAGUCCCUGAGGGGUGGCCCUGGGUCAGGAGGCCACGGUCCUCUUCGAUAUAGGAGCAGUGGCUCAGUGGAACAGAGCAUUGUGGUGGGCCUGAGGGUGGAUGGUGGCACGCAGCAGUGCCUCGACUGUGGCUUGUGCUUUGCAUCCCCUGGCUCCUUGAGCCGCCACCGGUUCAUUAGCCACAAGAAGAGAAGGGCGGGGGGUAAAGCCAGUGCUCUGGGGAUGGCGGAUGGGGAAGAAGAAGCUCCUCCGUUACGCUCUGACCCAGAGGGUGGAGAUUCACCUUUGCCUGUUUCUGGAGGCCCUCUGACUUGCAAGGUCUGUGGCAAGAGCUGUGAUAGCCCUCUGAAUCUCAAGACCCAUUUCCGCACGCAUGGCAUGGCAUUCAUCAGGGCCCGACAGGGAGGCAGUGGGGACAACUAGGUCCCAGGCCUAGGAUUAGCCAGUUCUCUUCCCAGGAACUUGGGUCUUUCACUGCUGCUGUCAACUCCCUGGGCUGGGAAGUUUAACACUUAUUUUGAUUCUUUUUGCUCCCAAGGGAAAGGCUUUUGAGGAUUCUAGUGACUUGCACCCCACUCCCUCUUGGGUUUGGUCCCUGGGUCCUACUUAAGUGGGUUCUCCUUCCUUUCUGAAUCCAACACUAAUGUUACACAGGGGAGACCUAAGGAUGUACAGGGUCUAGCUUCUACCCCUCUGCUAGAUUGCUUCCUCUGGGCUGGGUUCUGGCCUAGUAUUCCCUCCUCUAACACUCAUUGGCACUAACACCCCGCCCCAAUCCCUGCAGUGCCUUCCAUUUGUCUUUUCCCCCAGAAAUCUAGGGGUGGGGGGUUGGUGGGGAUGAGUCCUGUCAAAUGGGGUCCAGGAAGAGGAGAGGACAGGCUCUCAGGAAUCCUUUAUUCUUGUAGUAAUAAUACUAACAGUGAGAGAAACAAGAGGGAGAAAACCAGACCAUUAAAACUGCUUGUGGUUUAAUCCCCAUUCAGGCUUUUCUUUUUAUGUGAGUUGGACAAUGUGUACUGCUAGGGAGGGGGUGAGUCAGAACUGGGGAAGCCCUUCUCAGGGAAGAGGCAGUACUGACCAAGACAGAUGGAAAAGUAAUCUUCA